AGAGAGCACAACACAAACCCAUCAAAGAAAACACUUUUGGUGGUGUUUCGUUUCGUUUAGUUACAUCUUUUUGUGGGAGAAAGAAGAACCCCACGUUUCACUUUCACAUUUUGCUUUGGGAAAUGCUACAAUUGUUCCUUGCAAAACCAAAGCACAUCAUGUAGAAGACUCGACUCUUCUUUUCCUUUCACUCUUUUUUGGGCACGUCACACGUGGGAAUCCUCUAAUUCCGAACACGGCUUGUUAGGGAGCGUGUGAGUUAGUUUGGGCAUGGAGGAGGACAAGUAUGCAAGGGAAUUGGAAGUGGCUGUUAGGGUGGUCCACGUGGCAUGUGCUCUCUGUGGGAGGGUGCAGGAGAGGCUCCUUGCGACCAACAAUGAUAACGUUCUGUCCAAGGAUGAUGAUUCUCCUGUUACUGUUGCAGACUUGAGUGUUCAAGCAACUAUUAGUUGGUUACUAUCAGAAAUUUUUGGGGUUCAAAAUGUAUCAAUUGUUGCCGAAGAAGACAUAGAAACCAUAUCCAAAGAUGAAUCAGCAGGCUUGCUAGCAGCUGUUGUGGAUACUGUUAAUGAGUCUUUAGCUUUUGCAUCCAAUUAUGGUCUUCAAAGUCCGGCGACAACUCUUGGGACAUCAGAAGUUCUUGAAGCCAUUGCCCGGUGCAACUCCUCUGGAGGCCCCAGGGGAAGACAUUGGGUACUUGACCCUGUUGAUGGCACCUUAGGAUUUGUACGCGGUGAUCAGUAUGCUGUUGCUCUAGCUCUGAUUGAGGAUGGAAAAGUUGUUCUUGGAGUUCUUGGGUGUCCUAAUUACCCAAUUAAGACAGAAUGGCUUAAUUAUCAUUAUCAACUUCAUCACACAAGGACGCAAUCAUCUCAAACAAUUCCUGAUGCAUGGGGAAAAGGAUGUGUAUUGUAUGCAAGAAGAGGCAGUGGUGAGGCAUGGUUGCAAUCGUUAAUUGAUGGAGAUAAAAUGCUAGAAUGGCCAAAUUGUGCUAGACUUAUUCGGGUUUCUUCCACCGAUGAUCCAGCAUUGGCAACUCUCUGUGAACCAGUGGAAAGGGCAAACUCAAAUCAUUCUUUCACAGCAGGACUUGCUCACAGUGUGGGACUGAGGAAACAGCCCUUACGCGUGCACAGCAUGGUAAAAUAUGCAGCAAUAGCCCGGGGAGACGCAGAGAUAUUCAUGAAAUUUGCAAAGUGUGGGUACAAGGAGAAGAUAUGGGAUCAUGCUGCUGGUGUUGUGAUUGUUGAAGAGGCUGGUGGUGUGGUGACUGAUGCUGGGGGGCGCCCCUUGGACUUUUCAAAGGGAAUGUACUUGGAAGGUCUUGAUAGAGGCAUAAUUGCAUGCUCUGGUGUCACAUUGCAUGAAAAACUAAUUGGUGCUGUUUAUGCUAGUUGGGACUCCUCAAAUUUAUGAGGCUUUCUUUCUUAUCAAUGAGGCAAAUUUUUUUUAGAGCCAUUCCGGGUCUUUAAUUUUUCCCCCCCGUGCCCUUUAUUCUACAAAGUUGUUUGGCACUUCAAUAGAGAGUAGCUAACUUUUCUGCAUAAUUAUAGCAAAUUAUCUUAUAUUGGAGAUUUAUAUUGGAAUUUAACUCCUAAAGGACAACAUUCC